CGUCGUACCUGCGGCACUAUGUAGCAAUAAAGUGCUUGCUACUGUUCUACGUUUGUCUCCGGGCUUUGGACGUAACAUCUGGCGACGAGUUGCUUCGAACCUGCAGCGGCGCUGGCAUAACGGAAGAAAGGUUCUACCCUGUUUGAAGUUCCUGGGGCUGUCGUUGCCACAUUGCGAGCUACCGGAACAGCAGGGAUGGCAGAUCCAGUGACGCAAGUGGUGGGAAGAAUUGGCCACAUGGAGCCUUUUGACGACUCCGCAAGCGACUGGACUUCAUACGACGAGCGGUUGACAUCGUUUCUCCACUUCAACAAAGUGCCGGAGGCAGACAAGGUUCACGCGUUCCUGAGCCUAAUAGGGGCGAAGACGUACGCCCUUCUCAAGUCACUUACCGCCCCUGACCUUCCAUCAAGCAAGUCUUACGAUACCCUCAGGAAAUUGCUUGGCGACCAUCUGGCACCGAAGCCUUCAGUAAUUGGGAGGACCGCCACUUCUGGGCCGAGAGUGGUUACAGCACGUGCGGCUCGACUGGAACGCUGUAUUUUCCUGCAACAAGCUCUGCUCGGCACGGGAGCCGACGAACACGGAAGCAAAAGUAGAGGGGACCACCUAGAUGGCUUCCGGGUACUGUGGUACGGCAGAAAGGACCCGUUUCGUAUGCCGUCAAGGUACGCACGCCAAGGGGCCUGGCCGUGUGGCAUCGUCACCAAGAUCAGCUUCUCCUGGGUUCAGCUGACGUCUCCAAGGGUGAGGAGAACAAGGACACCUUCUGGGAGUUCUCGGACGCCACUGCGGAGACACCUACGGCAGCGCCCGCAGCCUCGGAGGCAGCACCACCAGUACGAAGAUAUCCCGUACGCAAUCGACGAGCGCCAGAUCGCUACACGCCAUCUUAAUUUUGGUGUAACGGUAGCUCCCCACAAUUAAGCGGGAGGAAAUGUCAUGUAUGCGAUAGCGCCAUGUGUUCUUGAUAAGAGCGGCCAGCUAAGCUGCCCAGUAAUCAUGU